UUUGUUUUUGUUUAAUUUUAGGGAAAGCCCAUGCAGAAGGUGGAUCAGCUGGAAUGUCUCUUCUUAUUUUAGUGUCCAUCUUCUUAUCAGCUGCUUUCCUUAUGUUUUUAGUAUAUAAAAACUUUCCGCAGCUUAAUGAAGAAGAAAGAGAAUGUAUAAAGAUUCCUAGAGACAUGGAUGAUGCAAAGGCCUUGGGAAAAGUCCUGUCCAAAUAUAAGGACACCUUUUAUGUUCAAGUGUUAGUGGCUUAUUUUGCCACGUAUGUUUUCUUGCAAACAUUUGCUAUCCCUGGGUCUAUAUUUCUCAGUAUCCUGUCAGGUUUCCUUUAUCCCUUCCCACUGGCCUUAGUUCUUGUUUGCCUGUGCUCAGGACUUGGAGCUUCGUUCUGCUAUAUGCUUUCAUACCUAGUGGGACGGCCUGUUGUAUACAGAUAUUUAACAGAAAAGGCAGUAAAGUGGUCAGACCAGGUUGAAAGACACAGAGAACACCUCAUUAACUAUAUAAUAUUUCUGAGAAUAACGCCUUUUCUUCCUAAUUGGUUCAUCAAUAUAACAUCUCCUGUAAUAAAUGUACCAUUGAAAGUAUUUUUCAUUGGCACUUUCCUAGGUGUGGCACCACCAUCUUUUGUAGCAAUUAAGGCAGGGACAACACUGUACCAACUUACAACAGCAGGUGAAGCUGUUUCCUGGAACUCUGUGUUUGUCCUCAUGAUUUUAGCCAUCCUUUCCAUCCUACCAGCUGUCUUCCAGAAGAAACUGAAACAGAAAUUUGAAUAAGGAUCAGACUGAAUCAGAAUUACCCAUGUUUCAUCUCAGGAUCAGCACUUCUGAUAUUUGUAUGUUUGCUUUUCUAUUAGAUCUUCUAUGGGAAGCUUGUAAUGGAUAAGAAUGUCUUUAAAUGAACAUAUGGCCUAAAAAUUGAAGAAACUAUGUUCAGAAAUGUACUACACAUAGUUUUGUAACCAAACCAUCAGUGUUUUACUUUGUGGGA